GUUAAAUAGAAGUUUUUAAAAAAAGUGAAUGGGAUCUUGACUAAUGAGUUGGCCCUCCGUUCAAUAUUGGAAUUGCAGUUCACAGAGCGUCCAGAUUCAUUACUUACUCUGCCAUCCGCAUGAUACAAAGGUUGCCCGCUCUCCCUCCUUCAACAAUCUUCUUUCUCCCUCUCUGGAAAAAAGUAUAUUACAAAAUCUUCCUGCAGGAACCCUUUUCAGAUCUUCAGCGAGAUUGGGAGAAAAGUCCUGGUUUUUGCUCUCUCAGAUUACUGAACCAGGAUAACAUCUCUGAUGUCAACCUUGGCCAAUUCAGCAAAUAUAUUUUGGCAUGAGUGUCCAGUGGGAAAGCUCGAACGGCAGAAGCUACUUAACCAAAAGGGAUGUGUUUUAUGGAUUACAGGCCUCAGUGGAUCAGGAAAAAGCACACUUGCAUGCACGGUGGGUAGGGAACUGCACUCUAGGGGAAAGCUGUCGUACAUUCUUGAUGGGGACAACCUUAGGCAUGGACUUAACAAGGAUCUUGGUUUUAAGCCGGAUGAUCGAACUGAAAAUAUUCGCAGGGUUGGGGAGGUAGCGAAGCUCUUUGCAGAUGCUGGGUUGAUCUGUAUUGCCAGUCUGAUAUCACCAUAUAGGAAGGACAGGGAUGCCUGUCGUGCAAUGUUGCCAGAUGCAAAUUUCAUUGAGGUUUUCAUGAACAUGCCUUUGGAACUGUGUGAGGGAAGAGAUGCCAAAGGCCUUUACAAGCUUGCUCGGGCUGGAAAGAUCAAAGGUUUUACCGGAAUAGACGAUCCGUAUGAAACACCUUUGAAUUGUGAGAUAGAAAUACAAAUGAGGGAUGGGGUUUGCCCCACACCCGGUGCCAUGGCUGGAGAAGUUGUAUGUUACUUGGAGGAGAAAGGAUUUUUGCAAGAUCAGUGACUGGCCACCCCUCUACCACUUUUUCUCCUUCCUCUCCUUGUCUCGCCCUUCUCAGUUCUCGCAUUAAAAGUCAUAACUUAAAGCACAACUAAUCUGUCCUACAAUUCAAUGCCCCCACUGAUUUCUGAGGUUCAGACAGCCUACAUGAUAGAUUGAGAUUUGUAGUUUUUGGAUUUUUAGAUGGAUCACUUUUGUUUAUUGAUAGGCGUUCUCCAUAUUACUUGUACAACUGGGAAGGACCGAUGGAUAACAACAGCUGAAGAGAUCACCUGAAGCAAUAACUUCUCAUUUUCACAUUUUACGUUCCUCUGGAAUUGAAUAUAAAAGUAUAUUCGGGUAUUGUGACUGAGAUAUGCUUGCGUAUUAAAAGAUUUUAAAAUACCAUUUCCCCUUAAUUAUCAAACAUAAACAUUGCAGAA